UGCGUUUGAAUCGCUCAAAUAGAAAUUGUGUAAAAAUUAUAACGGAAAUUAAGUAAAUAAAUUAAAAUUUUAUCAUAAAAAUAAUAAUUAAAAAUUGUUUACUACAAAUUAAGAGCAAAAAAAGAACAUCCUUAUCUUAAUAAUAAAAUAAAGUGUUGAAAAAGAAUUAAAAAAAAUCCUUUAAGGGUGUGUUUUUUUCAUUACACUUAUUAUAGUAGAGAAACAAAAAUACCUACAUAUUCAAUUGCACUUGUUAAAUAAACAAAAUAACAACAACAAGUAACAUUUAAAAAAAAUACAAAAACAAGGAUACAGUAAAAUAAUUUUGCUAGUUUUUUAAAUAAAAGUUACAAGAAAAUUCAUACAUAUACAAAAAUGUCUGUGUCCUCAAAUGCUUCUUCGGCUGCCUCCUCUGUUUCUGGAGCCAACACCUCAAAUGGUCGCCGUUCAUCUUUGGGUCGGCCCAAUAGCUGUGAUUCGGGUUCAACCGACUCCUCCGAACUGUCACACAUCUUAACCAGACGUCAGGUGAUUAUGGACUCACAGGAGGCUGGCAUCGAAGUGCCACACAAUUUCAAGGUGGUCAAUGUUUAUACAGAAUUUCAUGAAUUUUCACGCAAACAAAUUAAGGAUUAUCAAAAAACCUUUAACACAUAUGACAUUGGUCAUGAUGGCUAUCUAGAUUUGACCGAAUUAAAAUACAUGAUGGAAAAAUUGGGCGCUCCCCAAACCCACUUGGGCCUUAAGGACAUGAUCAAGGAAGUCGACGAAGAUAACGAUGGCAAAAUCUCAUUCCGGGAGUUUUUAUUGAUUUACCGCAAAGCCCAAGCCGGUGAAUUAGACUCCGACUCUGGUCUCAAUGCCUUGGCCCGCCUAACCGAAAUCAGUGUGGAAGAAGUGGGUGUUAGUGGUGCUAAGAAUUUCUUUGAAGCCAAAAUCGAACAACAAUUAAGAACUAAUAAAUUCCAUGAUGAAAUCAGACAAGAACAAGAGGAGCGGCGUCGCCAAGACGAGGAAAAAGCAAAUCGCCGUUUAUUAUUUCAACAGCGAGCUGCAAUCUUCCAAUAAAUUUCCUUACACAAUAAACACAAACCUAAUUUGGAACUUGGGGGGGAAAAAUUUCAUUAACAACUUUAUAUAAAAACCCCGAAAUUUUUAAGCUUUAAAAUAACGACAUAACUGUUUUAAAUAUUUAGUUUAUUAGUUUUUAUUAAUAUUAUUAUUAUUAUUAUUAUGAUUUAAAACAACAACAAAAAAGUGGUAUAUAAAUUAGUUUAGAUUUUAUUAUAGACUAAAGGAAAUUUUAAGUUUGAUACUUGAAAAUUUCUUACAAUUUCUUUAUUUUAAUUUUAUUGUUUGUUGAAUUGAAUUGAAUUUACAAGAAAAAAAACAUAAACAUUUAGGGAUUUCGAAUGACCACACAAACACAUCACAUUAAAAUUAGUUUAAAAACCUACACCUAAAUACAUCACAAUUUUACUAUUACUAUAUACAUAUAAAUUAACAUCAUAAUCAUCUAUUAACGUUUAAAAACAACAUAUACAACAUAAUUAAAUUAAAUUAAACUUUAUACAACAUAAUCAAACUUGCAUACAUCAAAUUAAAUAUUAUACAUAUUCAUACAUAUUCAACAUUUUAUAAAACAAAAUACAAAAACAAAUACAAAUAAUAUUCAAAAGAACUUAUUAAGGAAUUAAUUCGGUAACACGCAUCUUAUUAAAUAAACAUCAUAAUAUUGAGGUUAAUUACGAUUAAAUUUUGUUUGACAAAUAUUUUGUAAUAUUCUUGGGAAAACUUGCAAAUGAAUUAAUUCAGUUUUACAAAUAAUACAAUUUUAAAUGUUAUUAUACUCUACUCAGACUUAAAUUUUUAACUGUGUACAGACCAAAGAUUCGAGUGAAUUAAUCCUUAAUUCCAUUUUCCAAAUUAAAUUAUUUUUUUUCUCUUAUCUCUUCCAUUACAGAAUUCAUUAUGAAUUUAUUCCUAGGCAUAAUUCCUAAGAACUUGAAACUAGACUUGGGUGGUUCAUGAACGAACUAGUUCAAUUGAACGAUUCACUUGAUUCUUCUCCAUCACUUAGUUCAAUUUUUGAGCUAAGAACUAAAAUGAUUCAAACGUACGCUACUGAAAUGACCAAAAAUUGUAUAUAAACAUACAUUUUUAACUGCAUUCUUAUUUUUAACCGGUUUCGGUUUUUUGACAAACCGGUUUUGAAAGACGGUUAACCGGUUUUAAUGAAAUAUAUUUUCUAAAGCUCAUUCAAACAUAUUAAUGAAAAACUUUGAUACCAUUUUUAAAAAUAUUUGGGGGAUUCAAACGGUCUGCUAUUAGGUCGUAUUGUAAUAAUGUCGUAAAAUAUUGUUUUAGUUAAAACAAAUUCUUCUUGUGCUGCAAACAAAAAAGUGUUAUUUUAUAACAAACCAAUAAACAUACAUAGUUAAAAAAGUCUUAUUAGUUUAUAAAUGUUUUGUUUGAAACCCAACAAAAAUUUGUUUAAACUAAAAAAAUAUUUUAUGACAUUAUGACAAUACGACCUAAUAGCAGACCGUUUGAAUCCCCCAAUUGAUUUAUUUUAUAGUAAACUAUAGCAUUUGGCAAUAUUUCGUAAAAGAUAUAAAAUAAUUGCAUAAAGACAGAGCCUUAAGAAUUCAAAAAAUUAUAAAUUUCCAAAUAUUUAGUAAUUCUUAACAAAUUUCCAAUUAGCGUCCAGAAAUAAAAAUAAAUUUUCAUAUUUCAUAUUAAACAAAAAUUUAAUAUAAACUGGUUAACCGGUUUUUUUUGAAGACAAAAACCGAAACUAUUUAACCGGUUUUUUUAAAAGACAAUAAUCAAAACCGGUUUUUUCAAAAACACACUGUUAACCGGAUACCGGCUUUUUAAAUUUGACGGUUUUUUGGACACUAGUUGCGAGGCAUUUAUUUAAUUAUCUGCGUACAUUCCAAAUUUGAAACCUAAUGAUUUCUUGUAUUCCAGCAGACCAAACAUCAAUUGCCUGAAGAGGUAGUUCACUUAGGUCGUUCCAAAUCAAAAAAGAGCGAUUGAACUAGAUGAGCUACCUAACUAUGAACUAAAAUGAACGGUCAUUGAACUGAACUAUAAAGCACAAGUCUACUUCAAACGUAUUGAAUUUAUUCCUUUGUGAAUUAGUUAAUUCUCUAUAGAAUUAAUUACUUAUUGAAUCAUUGAAUUUUUCUUUAAUUCAAAUUUAUUGCAAAAUAGCUAAAUAAAAUCUAAAUUUUCUUCCAUUCAAAUCUAUUACAAAAAGCCUAAAGACAAUUUUUUCAAUUCAUUUUGUAAAUGAUUAAAAGCAAAACAAAACUGAAUGAAGAAAAAAUAUUUUCAUUCAAUUUUGAAUAGAUUGGAAUUAACAAAAAUUGAACUAUUCAAAAGUUGAUAGAAUUUUAUUAUGAAUUAAUUGAACAAUUAAUGAACUCUAUAAAAAUAAAUGCCUAUGAAUGAAGCUAAAUAAUUUGUUAUAUUGAGAAUGGUUUUAAUAAAAAGAUUUGCAGAAAUUUUUCGUACUGAAUUAAGCUUAAUUAAAUCGAAGCUAUGUUUCAGUACACUUUCUUUUGCGAAAGCUUGAAGUAAAUUCUUUAACUUAACUGUUCACAUCAUAAUUAUGCCAGUUUUUUUCAAAUGAAAAACUUUAAAUGAACAAAGAAUUUGUUAUACUGAGAAUGAUUUGCUGAAAUUUUCAAUUCUAAAUUAUAAUUUCACUGAAUUAAGCUUAAAUUGUUAUACUUUUUUGUUUUGCGGAAGCUUGAUGUGAACAGUUUUAACUAAACUGUUUAAUCAUAAUUUAAUCUGUUUUUUUCCAUUGAGAUGAUUUUUGAGCAUUUUUUGAGGAAAUGCAUUAGUAGCAAACUCCAUAAAAUAUAAUUUGUACAAGAUUUGUUAUUAAUUAUGCAAAAGAUUCUAAAAACCUGAAGCAUUGUAUAUUGGUUUAAAAUCAUUUCCCUUUGGUCCAACUUUUUGAAGGUCCAACAUAUUUUCAGAACACAAAUCUAGCAUCAAUGUAAUGUAUCAUUCAAGAGAAAAAAUGCGUCAUUGCUUUUUUGAAUGAAACAGAGGUUUUCGUCUAACGUUUCUCCAAUUUUUUUAUUCCAGCCAAAAAUAAGAUUUGCCGAGGUCAACAAAAUAGCUAUAUUUUGUUAGAUGAUUUCAUCGUUGAUCAGUUAGUCAAAUCUCUUUUCGCCAAGACAUUUCUUCAGAUUUAGAAACAAGAAAUAAUCACUCGUAGCUAAAUCCGGAGAAUAGAGCGGAUGAGAGAGCAUUUCGUAGCCUAAGUCAUGGAUUUUUGCCAUGGAGACUGCCGGAAAAUGAGUAUUACAGAAAGUUUUCUCAUACGAAGUAGCCUACCACAGAUUAUUACAGAUAUGAAACAAAUGACAGUUGUCAAAAAAGUAAUAUCGAACCGUAUGAUUAUUUUGACGUUGACAACCAUAUUUCAAUGGAAAUGAAAGAAAACAUAAAAUUUUCCAAAGACAACGAGUGUGAUAUAUAUGUGUCACUCUUUCCAAACCACAACCACUUUGACAUUUUCAUUAGUAAGUUUUCUAUUGCUAUUUAUGUAGUCUGCUUUCAAUGGCUGUCAAACACUAACUAAUUGACGCAGCUUGUUCAAAUAUUGACAGGAGUCAACUGACAGAUGCUUGUUGACAAAAGCAGUAUUGUCCAUUCAGUUAAGAGCCGGGAAAUUCAAAAAGUAGCCGACUUAUUGACCCACCCUCGUAAUAAUGAUUUUAUAUUGUGAUAUUUUCUAAACUAAAGAAAACAAUUGUUCAAAGGAAAGAGAAGUGAUUAUGCUUUUUUCAUCAAAUAUUUCUACAAUGUGAAGUUAGCUUACAAUAAUCCACUUUAAGAAGCUGCCUGUUCUUAGAUCUUUUAAAAAUAAAAUCUAGUUUAUUUGUCUGUAUUGAAAAUCAUUUAAUUAUAUUCAUAGAAGCAUGAGUUUUGUAAACAAAAAACAAAUUUUCUACCAAGCUGAAAAGUAUGAAAGAUACGAUAUAGCAGAAAUUGUUCAUAGUCAACUGAAUUAAUUCCUUUUCAUAAUCUUAAUAAAACUAUGCUUUUUUAUACAUUUAUUUUUUUAAAAUUAAACGCAUAAUUUUAUAAAAAUAUACAAUACAAAUUUUUGAAAUAUUUUAUUCCAAUUAAUAACUAACAUUUAAAGUUAAUUUCCAAAAUAUUUCUAUGCAUUUUAUUCUAUAUACGAUAUUUAUUAUUAAACAAAAGGUCUGUUCGUUGAAUUAUCAGCCCAAUUAUGAAUAAAAAAAUUCCGCGGUAGUUUGUUCCCCGGGAGUUUUUUCCCAUUGAAUUUGAAUAGGAAAAAUGAGAAAAGGGAAAAAACUCCCGGGGAAUUUUUAUUCAUAAUUGGGCUGUAUAUAAAAAUUUUGUUCAAACAACAAAUUUAAGGAAUGGAAAUGGAUAAUUUUUUUAUAUUUCUUUAAAUUCUAACUAAAAUCCGCUAUUCAAAGUAGCAGGGAAUGUUUGAAACUAUGACAAAGUUCAAAAAUAAUUCUUCAACGAAUAGAUUAAUACAAAUUUAAGUAAAAAGUUUUUUAUGUGUGUCUUUUUUGAAUUUAAAUUUUGUAAAUUGCUUCAAUUUUAUGUUUUUAUUUUGUUUAAUUUGUAUUUAAUAGUUAGUUUAAUUGUGUAUGUUUAUUAAUUUAGUUUUUAAGUUAAUUUUCUGAUUUUAUGUUUAUUUUCGUUUUAACUGAAAUUCUAAAACAAAUUUUUAAAAAAUUUUCUUUUUUUCUUUUAAUUUUUAUGUUAGUGCCAUUAAUUUUAUUUUUUGUUAUAUUUUUCCUUCUCUAAAACAAAAAUAUACUUUUUUUUAUUAAAAAUUAGAAAAUUUUGUCGAAAUCAGACCCACAAAUCAUUAAAAAAAACUUCUAUAAAGCAUGCAGUACAAAACCCAUCCGUGAAAUUAAUACAUCGCUUUAUAAAUUUGUCUGGUAUUGAUCCUAAAUUUAUUUGAUUUAAAUUUUUUAUUAUUGUAAAUAUGAUUUUCUCAUGACUUUAAGAUUUUUGCUUGUUUUUUGUCAAUUUAUUUGGUUUUUUUUUAUUAUAAUUUUUAUUUUAAUUACUUAUUCUGCUUACAGUACAGUAUUUGUAAUUAUUUUAAAUAAACAUACUAUAUAUUACAAUAUAAUACAUAAAUAAUUAAUAAACAAUUUAUAAAAUUAUUUUCGUGUAAGUGUAAAUAAUUUAAUCAAUAACUAAAUAUAAAUAAAUAAUUAUUAAUUAAUAAAAUGAAAA